UGUCCGUUUUGUUUUGGUAGAUGACAGGCACGUGAGCAGUGACGUCAUCAGGCGCGAGACAGAGCAGGUGACAUGGCGGCGGACUCGCUUCUGAAGGUCGUGUUUGAACAUGAAGGCGUCUUCAUCCACCCGGCGAGCGACGGCGGGGGGCCAGACGCCCUCGUCUCCGGCUGCCUCCGGGUCGUUGACAAGGAAUCUGAAGUCCUGGUGGAGUUCAGACCGGAGGACACGUCCAGCAUGCUGUGUGCCGGGAAGGACUCCAGCUCCGUCAUGGAGGGGGACCAGGUCUCCGGACAGAAGGCCCUGCUGGACAGCCAGAGCAUCGAGACGGACUGGGACAUGGUCCACGCCGUGAAGAAGAGCCCCGCCGAGGGCUCUCUGACCCCCUGCCGUGAGAAGAGCCGGGGGGCGUUCAGCUUGGCCGUGGGUGACCUGCGCUCCAUCAGCGUGAAAGAAGAAGGAUGGACCUUCCUGGUCCUGAAGCUGAAGGAGUCCUGCUCCUCGCCGCCCGCGCUGCACUUCCACCAGGGCGGCAGCAGAGAGUUCCUGGACAGCCUCGGGAGGUUCGCUCUGCUCAGACAGGCUCCAGGAGACCCCUCCUGUCUGCUGCUCUCUCCUCUCAGGACUCUGUCUCAGUCCUUUGAGAACCUGCUGGACGACAACAACUACGGCCUCGUUCAGCAGAAGUUCAGGAAGGACCCCUACGUCACCACGCUGGGCGGCUUCUCCAAAGUCACUAACUACAUCUUCGACGCGUUCCGGGUGACGGAGGAGCAGCUCCGCCCCCCCGAGGAGGCGGAGCUGCUGGGGGAGGUCAUCCCCGGCCUGGACAUCAACCAGCAGGAGGAGCCCGGCUUUGAGGUCAUCACCAGGAUUGACCUGGGGGCGAGGCCGGAGGUGACCCGUGCUGGUCCUCUGUCCUCGGAGGCCUGGAGCCGACACCAGGACCCCGAGGGGAGGAUGACCAACGUCCCGCUGCUCAAACAAGUCAUAUUCAAAGGGGGCCUCUGCCACGCUUUGAGGAAAGAGGCCUGGAAGUUCCUGUUGGGAUGCGUCCCCUGGGACAGCACCCUGGAGGACAGGAAGGGGCUGCAGAGAACCAGAACGGAUGAAUACUUCCGGAUGAAGCUCCAGUGGAAGUCCGUGAGCGCGGAGCAGGAGAGGAGGAACUCCAGGCUGAGGGAUUCCAGGAGUCUGAUCGAGAAAGACGUGAACCGAACGGACCGGAGCAACCGCUUCUACGAAGGCCCGGACAACCCGGGCCUGGUCCUCCUGCACGACAUCCUGAUGACCUACUGCAUGUGGGACUUUGACCUGGGCUACGUCCAGGGCAUGAGCGACCUGCUGUCCCCCAUCCUCUACGUGAUGGAGAACGAGGUGGAUGCCUUCUGGUGCUUCGUCUCCUUCAUGGACCAGAUGCGCCAGAACUUUGAGGAGCAGAUGCAGGGCAUGAAGACUCAGCUGAUCCAGCUCAGCACUCUGCUCAGGCUGCUGGACUUGUCCUUCUGGAACUACCUCGAGUCUCAGGAUUCAGGCUUCCUGUAUUUCUGCUUCCGCUGGCUGUUGAUCCGCUUCAAGAGAGAGCUCAGCUUCCAGGAUGUCUUGAGGCUCUGGGAGGUGAUGUGGACCGGUCUGCCCUGUGACAAUUUCCACCUGCUGAUCUGCUGUGCCAUCCUGGACUCUGAGAAGAAGAAGAUAAUGGAGGAGAACUAUGGAUUCAAUGAGAUCCUAAAGCACAUCAACGAGCUGUCCAUGAAGCUGGACAUCGAGGACAUCCUCCAGAAGGCCGAGGGCAUCUGGGAGCAGAUAACCAGCCGUAAGGACUUGCCUCAGUCCAUCAGCGGGAUCCUGGGUCCAGACCCGGGUCUGGACUCUGAGGUCUGUGACUGUGCAGCGUCUCCGUCCCUCCGGCCCCCCCAGAGACCGGACGCCUGCUCCAACGGCCUGUCGAGAGGAGGCGGCGCUCCGCAGAGCUGCAGAGGGGCCUUCAUCUCCUAGUCCCAGAGGACCAGGGCCCCCGGCUGCAGAGGGGCCUUCAUCUCCUAGUCCCAGAGGACCAGGACCCCCGGCUGCAGAGGGGCCUUCAUCUCCUAGUCCCAGAGGACCAGGGCCCCCGGCUGCAGAGGGGCCUUCAUCUCCUAGUCCCAGAGGACCAGGGCCCCCGGCUGCAGAGGGGCCUUCAUCUCCUAGUCCCAGAGGACCAGGACCCCCGGCUGCAGAGGGGCCUUCAUCUCCUAGUCCCAGAGGACCAGGGCCCCCGGCUGCAGAGGGGCCUUCAUCUCCUAGUCCCAGAGGACCAGGGCCCCCGGCUGCAGAGGGGCCUUCAUCUCCUAGUCCCAGAGGACCAGGACCCCCGUGUAAAAAGAGGAAGAUUAUUCAGAAUCUUAUUUUUGUAAUUUCUUGUACCAUAUUGAGUCUGUCAUUCCUUCUGAAAAACCAUCUGC